AUGGAUGAAAUUCAGCUGGCCAAGACGGAUCUUGAGCGUCUGUCGGCGCAUGCGGACAUUCUGCAGCGUAACGAGACGCGCACGCGUGGUGAGCUAAUGACGGCCUUCCAGCCGGGGGGACGCUACAGCAGCGUAAGCGGCAUUUACAGGCACUUUGGUGGUACGCGAUCCAUCAAAGUCUCUGGUCGGUUUGACGAGGAGCUCGUACAGUCGCUGCCGCUGAGCCUGCGGUUUGUGGUGCACAAUGGGGCGGGCUAUGACCAGCUGGACAUUCCGUCACUGUCGAAGCGCGGGAUCCAGGUGGCGAAUGUACCGACGGUUGUCAACGAGGCCACAGCCGAUACGGCAUUGUUCCUGCUUAUCGGCGCUCUGCGUCAGUUUCCCCGCGCGAUGGGCGACUUGCAGAAAGGCGUCUUUCACCAGCAGUUCUCGUUUGCACAGGCGAGUGAUCCUGAGGGCCUUACGCUCGGUAUUGUGGGCGCUGGCGGCAUUGGCCGCACGCUCGCCCGCAAGGCUGCGCAUGCACUGGGUAUGCACGUUGUGUACCACAAUCGGCACCGGCUAAGCGAGGAGCUGGAGACGCAGGGGAUGCCAGAGGGUAAGAAGAUGGAGUAUGCGCUCUCGCUCGAUUCACUGCUGGGACAAAGUGACGUCGUGAGCAUCCACUGCCCUCUCACGCCAGAGACGAAGGGUCUGAUCAGUGGCCCGCAGUUUGCGCGUAUGCAGUCGCACGCAGUUCUUAUCAACACGGCGCGUGGGCCCAUCGUGGAUGAAGAGGCGCUUGUGCAUGCCCUGGACCAUGACGUGAUCGCGGGCGCAGGCCUCGAUGUGUAUGCUAACGAGCCCCACAUACACCCCGGCCUCGUGCGUCUAUCGACAAGCAAGGCCUUGUUGCUCCCGCAUGUUGGCACUCUCAGUCUACAGACGCAGACGGACAUGGAGGCGGUGUGUCUGCGGAACCUGGAGCAUGGACUCAGUACCGGGCGCCUGCUAUUCACUGUCAAGGAGCAAGAAGGUCUCGAUCUGCAUGCCUAG